GAAAAGCAGUUGGGGAAAUGAGGAAGGCCGUGGAGGAGAUGAAGUCUGAAUGGAUUUGCUCUGUUUAUUCAGCCGAAGCUGGUGGUUGGCAAUUUCAAGGCAAGUUCAUUAAAUUUUGCUAAUUGUUUUCGUUUUCUUUUUGUCUGAUAAUGAAAGGGGAAAAUAGUAAUUUCCUUUAAACUUCUUUGGCCGGCCCCACUGCACGUUUAUCAUUCGAUGGCAUCGUUGACCUUGCAAAGCAUAGCAAUAAACUUCAGAACUCUACUCAUUCUCAAAUGAAAGCCAUAUCCAUCCAUCCAUCUGCAGAAGAAAAUCAAAUUGACGGAGUGGACUGGGUGGAGAAAUCGAUCAAUUACUGUUUACUUGGUGCAAUCUAAAGCGGAAACAAUGCCAUCAAAACUCUUGCAAUUGUUCUCAAUGUUGCCAUGCUUGGGAAAGGAGGGAAGAGAUGCUGAUAUUGAGUCAUCAUACUACAAGAAUCUGAGCAAAUUAUUAGAGGAUCUCAUUGCUUCUUGUGAUGGUACAUCUCUUCCUGUUCAUUGUUACUCUGCUGAUGACCUCAUCAGGGCAACCAACAACUUCCACCCUUCUCGCAUUGUACGAAAGGAUUUAAACUGCACAAUGUUCAGGGGAUUUCUAAACGACCAGUUGAUUAUCAUUGCCAGGUACUCCAUUGGGAGCUUGUACCAUGAGUCAUGGGAGAAUGAGGAUGGUGUUAGGUCCCGGGCAAUUCGCGACAUUGUUGUUUCAAUACAUAUGAGCAACCAUGAGAAUGUUUUGAAACUCUUGGGUUGCUGCUUAGAGUUCCCAGUACCUGCCCUGGUGCUUGAAAAUGCAGCAAAAGGAGUUCUUGAAGGUGAUGGAAGUUUAAGAGACAAUGAAGAUCAACCCUUAAUAUUACCAUGGAAAAUUAGACUGCGUAUUGCAAAGCAGCUUGCUAGUGCAGUUACGUAUCUCCAUACCGCCCUUCCCAGUCCCGUAAUUCAUAGGGAUCUAAAACCUGGUUGUAUUUUCUUGGACCACGACUAUGUUCCCAAACUCUCCAACUUCUCACUCUCCAUAACCAUUCCUCCUACGUAUUCUGAUGCUGAAGAUGAUCCAAAAGGGACAAUUGGGUACGUUGACCCUGCAUACAUGAGGUCUGGCUGCGUCUCAAAAAAAACUGAUGUGUAUAGUUUUGGUGUGCUUUUACUUGUAUUCUUGACGGGACGAAGAGCUUGGCUAAUUAAACCGCAGGAAGGAGGGUAUAUUUCAGUUAUUGAUUAUAUGAAGUCACAUGCUUACCAGCUUCAGGCAAUUGUGGACCCUAAAAUCUUAGAGGAGGUUGGGGGAAAUGAGCAAGUAGAACAGCAGUUGCAUGAUUUCCUAGAACUGGCAUUGUCAUGCACUCAAGAAGAAAUUGAAGGAAGGCCAUAUAUGAGCAAUGUGGCAAGGGAACUCAUUCGAAUCGACGAGUCUAUUUUGCCCAGCUAGCUUCAAUCCACUAUAUUUGUUAUUAAAAAAUAUAUAUUGGAUAUGGGUUCAACAACAUGACUAUUGUUCGGAAGUUGAUCUCUCUUUUCUGUUAUUGUUGAACUCUGUAUACCCUUUAUUAUGAUUUUUGUUGUUGGUUGUUAAUACAUUACUAUUAUGUUCUUUUUCCUGUUAAUUUGUAGCUAAUAUAAAAGCUGAGACUAGAAUCUAGAUCUCUCAUGUGAGUAUUG